AUGUACGAUUUGCCGUUUUGGUUCCGCUCAUCCCGUAUGAAACGGGUGUUUGUGAGAGUUCAGGCGUGGAAACCGAUUAUCGUGAUAGUGAUGCUUCUUGGCUAUGAAGCUAUUUCAGAACUAUAUAAAAGUGUGUGUGUUGUUGUUGCUUGUGAUAUCAAUAGGACAAUGCAAACAUUCCCGGUGGCAUCCGUUUAUCGCGUCACCAUGGCAAGCUCGAUACUCGACAUUUUCCCAGGCAAGGGUUUUUACUAG